UAUUGCAUGAAUCAGAGAUAAAGCAUGAAUUGUCAAAACAGCUCAGUUUCUUUCAGAGAAUCGAAUCAUUAUUUGAUGAAAGCAAUUGAAGAAAAUGUUUUUUCUAUGUUGAAUUGCAUUCAUGCAAAAACUUCGUCUGGCUAAUUAUUAGAAAAUAAGAGUUUAUGUGCCUAAAUAAAUGUUUAAAGUUGAAAAAAUAAAACUACAAGACCAAGUGGAACAAGAAAUGUAUUAAUGGAAGUACCGGAAUCGAAAAAUCGGUAAUUCAGCGGAUAAUUUUAGUUCGAUAGUCGGUGUAUCCUGGACAAUUGUAAUCGAUGUUUGGACUCGGCUGUCGGAAAAAAUUUUUUAGUACGAAAUGUCAUCUUUCUAACGCCAUCCAGCCGAACCUGAUCGGACAUAUACAACGCGAGAUACAGCUAAAUAACGCUAUCUAUUGGAAAAAUAAUAAUAAUAAUAAUAUUUAAUUAAAUAUGUUAUUUCCUAGGGUCUGCGAACCUUCCUUCUAGGUGUUACAAACUUAAUAUACUAUAAUAUAAAGUGCCAUUGGUUUUAAAAAAUAUGUAGAUUUUUAUUUUUCCAUCAACGGGCUUUGUUUUGCACGAUUUAAUGAUAUUUCCACCUUAAGCAACUAAGUAUGAAGAUUCUUAUAAAAGUACUUCCUUUCGUCUAUUUGACACAAAACACUUUGAAAUUAUAAAAAAUUUAUAAUUAACAAAUAAACGCAUAUUAAAAAAGAAAACUACUAAGUCCGCACCUCCCACUAUCGGAAUGAAAAUGGGAAACAAUUUACCUGACGGAACAAAUUAUAAUAAAGGCAAAGAAGACCAAUUAGUGCAUCAAAACAAAAGAGCAGAAUAGGAAACAAGAUGAAAGAAACAGUUAUAAGAAAUGAAAACGAAAACGAAUUGCUCACGCUCUUAUGUAUGUAUGUACAUACAUUUGUUUCGAAAAGAUACCCCACUAAAGAAAUGAAAGGAAAAUGAAAUACAAAAUAACCAACCUUGAAGGUCUCUUUAAGAAAGCCACUUCGCGGGCCACCGCCAAUCGUUUGCAAGCAUUUUGGCGCGCAAAGCCAACGCAACACAAUACGAUCAGCUGUGCCGAACAACGCUAAAGAAAAAUUAAAAGAAAAAAUUAGAUAAAGAAGCUAAAGACAAAAAAGAAAACUAACAAAACCGAAAGCAUGUUGGUAGGUUCGAUAUGAAAACUGUAAUGCAAAGUGAAGUGAAGCGUUCGAAUCAAACACAUAGGAGGGAGGUGGAGGGUGGUGUGAGCGGAAUGCUACAACAAAGCACAACAGCUGUGUGACGUCUGAUUUUAAUUAGAGCUGCAGCGCCACAGCUAGCUCAAGCUUCAGCAUUAGCAUGCACGCUUCAGCAGCUGCUGCACCUGAGCUGCUGAGCGCCUGAGCUAAGCUUUGGCCGAGCGCAGCUGUGUGCAGACCGUUCCUGCCAGCAUGCUACAACUAUUUUUUGUUGGCUAUCAUUUGCGAUGCGCUGUUGUUGUUGUUGCGGUCGAGAAAAUCGAAAGCCUCACAAAAGUGAGCUGCGCGCUAUGUGUCGAGCGGAGAAGUCAAGCGACACUCGAAGCGAUUUAGCGAACACUCAAGUUUCUUACGCUCAGCAGAGCGGACGUGUAGCGCGGAAUAACGAAUUUUUAUCAAACUCAAGCUCCUACGUGCAAAGACAGCUAGCCAGGAAAAUAAAUAAAUAUCCAUACACAUAUACUUACGCACAAGCGAACAGUUCUUUUUCGCCACCAAUUUGUUUCGUUGUGAUUUUUUUUCUUUUGCGUAUUCAAAACUCCUUGCGAAAUAUUCAAGUUGGUCGGUCUAAACAAGAUUUACUACUUCUUUUUUUUUUAAUUGGCAUUCUGUGUUUAGUGCAAGUGGGUUUCCUUACAUUUUAGUGUAUAUAGAAGAAUUUUAUGUGAUCUGGCAACGUGUUUUCCUGGCUGUUCGUAUGAAAUGAAAACAAAUUAUUAAGUUCAUUGAGAAAACUUAAAUAAACGAAUGAACCUAAUUUGUGUGUUCUCAAUAAAAUAACAAUCAAAAGUUGAAUAUCUAAAAUUAACGGUGAAAAUGGUGAAUAACAACAAUUCUUCGGAAGCCAGUGGCAGCGCAGCCAAUGGCCAUUUGCCCAACGGACAAUUGGCAACUGCGACCGCGCCGACGGUGUCCUUUCUCAGCAGCGUUUGGAGCUGGGCGGAUGCCAUAAGGGACUUCCUGUGGUUCAUUAUAUGCUCGAUCGGCUAUAUUAUCCAGGACCUGUACUACAUUGCGUUGGGUUAUCCCGAAAAAGAAUUGAACACAGACAUCGCUCUAAUAACAGGAGGAGGUAAUGGACUCGGUCGAUUGCUCGCGCAACGCUUGGGCAAAAUGGGCACCAAAGUUAUCAUUUGGGAUAUUAGUAAAGAAGGUAUCAAAGAGACUACUGAAAUGGUCGAAGCGGAGGGCGGCUACUGCAAGGGAUAUGUUGUCGAUAUUUCCAAAAAGGAGGAAGUGUACAAGGCAGCAGAAGUAAUAAGAAAUGAAAUUGGCGAUGUAUCUUUGUUGAUCAACAACGCUGGUGUUGUGUCUGGCCGUCUUCUGUUGGAUACACCAGAUCACCUUAUUGAGCGUUCGUUCAAUGUUAAUGUCAUGGCACAUUUCUGGACUACCAAAGCAUUCCUACCGAAAAUGAUCGAGCAUCAACGUGGACACAUUGCAACCAUAGCUUCUUUGGCCGGUCACGUGGGCAUUACCAAACUGGUCGACUACUGUGCUAGUAAAUUUGCAGCUGUUGGUUUUGACGAGGCAUUGCGUUUGGAAUUAGACGUCCUUGGUCACAGUAAUAUUCAGACCACCUGCAUUUGCCCGUUUUUCAUUCAAGCAACCGGCAUGUUUGACGAUGUUAAUGCUAGAUGGGUACCCACAUUGAACCCCAACGCCGUAGCUGAUCGCAUUAUAUUGGCGAUAAAGAAGAACGAAAAGAUCACAAUCAUACCCGGUUACAUCCGUCUGCUGCUUUCGCUUAAAUGGACCUUCCCUUGGGGUUGUGUGGGUGGCCUACUACGUCGUCUUGUACCAGAUGCGGCGCCACAUGGAGUCGCUCAAAAGCCGCUACCCACAGACGCUUCCUCUAAACAACAGCAACAACAUGAGCAAAGCGCUAAAGCCGCUGCCAACAAAGUCGCCCACACGAGCUUAAUCACGAAGCACACCACCGAUCUGUGCACGGAUUUCAGCGAAACGCUGCCAAAGACCGCCUCGUUGUUGGUGCAACGUACACCGUCGCUGGGCGAGCGUGUUCUCUGAGAUUCGCUGCUGCAUAUCGCCUUCAACUUAUUUAGCGGUUUUGGCAUUUCGUUCUAGGAUCAGUGCGCGACAGUUGGCGCACUCGUCUAGUGAUAUUACAUUUACUUAGUAUUAUGUUAUUAAUUUUAAUUAGUUUAGAUUCUAACGGCUUAGAAUACGGUUACGAGUAUAUAUGUAAGGCGCUAUGAACAAUAAGUUUUAAAGUACGGAUAGAAACGUUGAUCCACAAUAUAUGUAUGUAUAUAUUUAUAUAUACUAGUAGAUCCGGCCAAGCGCUGCUGUGGCUAUGGUAUAUAUUUUAUACUAUUACUUACAUAAUAAACUAUUCAAUGCAGUGAAAAUAUUAUUUACGAAUAAACGCGAAAAUGUUAUUGUCGGUAUAAAAAUCCAAGGGAUUGUGCUUUGGAUUUAAUUUUGAAAUUGAUUGCUACAAAUAUUUGUCAAAACAAAAAAAUUAUAAAUUUUCCAUUUGGCAUAUUAAAUAUUAUAAUAAUUAUAUUUUUUUGUUGGAAUUGUGAACACAUGCUUACGUUUAGAAAUAUAUUUUGUUUAAUUAUGAAUUGUUUUGACUAUCCUAUCUUUUAAGUUGGAUCAAACUGGAUACAGUGUGCUAAAUUUUACUGAAAUCGCUUCAGUAGUUUAGGAGGAUUUUAAUGUAUAUAAAUAUUUGAAAGCAAAAUAAAGCCGAAGCAAUCAAUUGAAUAAAUAAAUUUUCCCUGAAGCUUCCAUUUUUACAUA